AUGACUACAAAUGCAAAUGGACGUCUCAAUAUGCAAAGGAUGCAAAAUGUUCUAUUAAUUUGGUUGGAUGCAAAAAGUAAUGAUAAUAAUACUGAUUGUCGUGAUACAAUUAAGCAAUUGAAAGGUGCAGUUAACAAUAUAAACACGUUUACAGAUGGUGAACAAUGUGUUAACUUUAUUCAAACCAUUAGUAAUAACAAAGUAUGUAUGGUUGUUUCUGGUUCACUUGGGCAAGACAUUGUACCUCGUGUGCAUGAUAUGUUUCAAGUAGAUACAAUUCUUGUUUUUUGUAACAACCAGGAAUGGCAUAGACAAUGGGCUAAAAAAUGGCCUAAAAUAAAAGGAGUCUUCACAAAUAUGACACUAAUAUGUGAAGCUCUUAAACAAGCUGCUCAACAAUGUGAGCAAAAUGCCAUUUCCAUUAGUUUUGUGGCAUCAAAUAAAAACUUGAAGCAAUUAGAUCCGUCAUUCAUGUAUACUCAUAUCUUGAAAGAGAUCUUAUUGACAAUCAAUUUCGACGACAAAUAUAUUAACGAAUUUAUUACUUAUUGUCGUGAAGUAUUUUCUGAUGAUGAAAAUGAAUUAAAAAAUGUUAAUCAACUACUAACAACAUACAAAAACAACAUACCUAUAUGGUGUGGUGCUUCAUAUACAUAUUCAUCUGGUAAAAAUUCAUUUGAUGAAGAUCGUUCAUUUGAAUCAAGUGAACAUAAUUAUAUAAACUACCGACAAAAGAAAAUGCGAGCUUUUAAUCCUGAUUCAUAUAAAAAUGAAAAAUGGCUGUAUGAUACACCAGGUGUUAUUUUACCUGAGCAAAUGCUUAAUAAAUGUAGUACUAAAAAAGAAUUGACAUUUUUUGAUCAUCAAUCAACUAUGAUUCGACCAGUAAAUAUUUUAUUAGAUGUUGGACAAACAAUAUUGAUUGGUGGAAUUGCAAGAAUUGAUGUAAAACAUGUUAGUAAUAAUGCUCAAGCAAGUCUUUCUUUGAUGACAACAUGUCGUUUACCAAUUAAUGUUAUACAAACAGCAGAUGUGGAACAAUUUUAUGAAAAAGCAUUGGAACAAAAUCAACUUGGAGUUCCUCAAAAUCGUAUCAACAGUCGACUUCAAGAUCCACCACAACUUCAAGGACCUACUAUUGAAAUUCUUGGAGUUGGAGAAGAAGAAGCAGCUGGAGAUAUUGUUUUAUCAUCAGCUGGUUGGGCUAGUGUUCAAUGUAGUCGUGAUCAAUAUGUAAUAUUUAAUGUAAUGACACCAGAUGGUCUAGGUAUUCAUCUACGACAACCACCAUUACUUAAACAUUUAUUUCAUUUACGUGGUUCUCAUAUUGAAAAAACACCAUUUUUUAAUAAAUAUAUUUAUCCAGAAGAUAAACAAGAAAAUGAAGACGAUAAUAAUAAACAAUAUCAAUCAAAUGAACUUGAAAUGAUUAUUAAUGAAAAAAUAUGGAAAGGAGAACAAAUCAAACAACAAAGACGAGCAAAACGCACGUAA